CGUGACCUUGUCCCAAGUCAAGUAUAGAGUCACGCUACACGCCGUGACUAUACUUUCAACGCUUCCCCACUCAAGACUUUGACCGCGAGCAUCUGGAUGACCGGACUUGCGGUACGACUUCGAGAGCCGGCAUACUCGUGACUCACGAUUCACGAUUCACGAUCCAGAUCUUGGACAGCUCGAUCACCAUCCUCAAAUGUGCGAACCGUCCGCGACUUCCGCCAGGUAAGAGCCGGACCUCACGAAGAGUCUAGGUGCAGUGCCUCGUCUGCUCAGCGUGCAUCAGCCUUUUGGGCUUUCAGCGAGGAGUCUGGCACAUUUGCUGCUCGACCUUGCUUCGCUCUGAGCCAUACUAUCUAAGGGAUCCCAGCAAAUCAGGCGACAAGGCUGAGCAUCAAAGCGAGGCGCUCCAAAGUCUUCUACAGCCGCACACAACUCCCUCCCAGAGCAGAUCCUCUAGCGAGGACGCUCUCGUCCUCACCGUGGGAUGGUGUACAUCAAAUCUUGGGUCGCAUUUCACGCGGCCGCGAUAGACCUUCAGAAAGCGCAGCCCGAGCGGACCCGCUACUUGAUCAAAGCGCACCCAGCCACGCAGUCGCUUAUUCUCAAGGUCACGGAUGAUUUCUCUACGAUCAAAUUUCGAACACGAAGUUCCAUCAUCCUCAACCGCUUUCAAGCCUUGAAUCACGAGCUCAUCGCACAAUUUGCCGGAGCACCCAAACCAACGCCGUCGGAGGCGCAGGCGGGCGCGAACAGCCAAGAUGCAGCACCUAUAACGGAAGCAGAGCAUGUAGGAUCGUCCUCAGGCGCUGGGACGGUGCAGACUGGCACUCAGGGGGGUGGGGGUGGAGGUGGUGGCGGUGGGAAGAAGAAGAAGAAGAAGGGCAAAAAGUAGAUGACUGUGGCGCACACAGCGAGCAGGUAGCGGCAACUGCAAUGGCAAGCUUUCACUAUCCAC